AUGGAGAAAUGGGGCUCGAUCAGAAGGCGCCACAUGGCCAUCAAAGCGACGGCUAUCGAGACGCUACAGGGUCAGUUUUCUGGUUACGGAAGUACAUCCAACGUUGUUGCACGCGCGCUGGAUCGAUUAGGUAUCAAGGAGCCGCUCGAGAAUUGGGAUGAGGCGACCAUCGAUCGGGUGGUCAACGCCUUCACAGACGAAAAGUUUCCAACAGUCAUCGCUUUGAACAAAAUCGACCACCCUGAUGCCGACAAGAACAUUGCGAAAAUCGCAAAAAUGCAGGACCCCAACACGAUCGUACUUUGUUCAGCUAUCUCGGAGAUUUUCUUGCGUAAGAUGGCCAAGCAGGGAUAUAUCAAGUAUACAGAAGGCAGCGAGUUCGUCGACACACGGGAGGAUCUUAUUGAGCAGGGAGACCCCACGGGAGGUGGCCUUAAGGAGCUGGACGAGAAGAACCGCAACCGGAUAGAGAACCUCAAAGAUAUGGUGCUCUACCGGUUCGGAUCAACCGGCGUGGUGCAGGUGCUAAGCAAGGCAGCUGACAUCCUGGGUCUUGUACCGGUGUUUCCAGUGCGCAACACAUCAACGUUCCAGUCCGGUGCCUCCGAAUCUAAGUUUGUUUUCCGAGACUGCGUGCUGGUAAAGAAGGGCACAACGGUGGGCGAGGCGGCCCGCAAAGUCAUGGGCGACGCGCCUAUCGCGUACAUCGAGGGCGCUGGGGGUAUCAGAGUGGCAGAGGACGACCUUGUCGCGGUCGGCAAGAACGAUGUCCUGUCGUUCAAGGUGGGAAGAGGUUGA